AUGAAUUUUAACUACCAGCUUCAGAACCAGAUGUCUGAUGAAGAAGAGUUUGCGCAAAUGCUAAGUUCUUGUAUCUCAUAUGACGAUGGUUACCUCUCAUCACCGAAUGGAAGCUCCCCUAAUAUGUGGGGUACUUCAAUCAACAUUUCCCAUUCGGUUGCUCAUCAUCAAGGUUCGCAAUUUGUGCAUGGAGAAAGCUCAUCAGGUACCAAAAUUAAAGAUACCUCGUUGAUUGCUGAUGCUAAUUCUCCAUUUUCCGGGGUUUCAUAUUUGCCAGGCAAUGGCGGUAACAACAUCAAUAUAUUUACAAACUGUGGAAUAGUUUCGUGUACUGUUAGAGAGAAUUCCCCAGCUCAACAGCAGAACUUCCAACCAGGCCAAAUUUACCCAAAAAGGAAUGGAAGACAAGGCGACCAGCUUCCUAGUCCAACUUAUUCUCCGCAGAUGAUGAUGCCAGCAAAUCAAGCAUCGAUUACUCCUUUCAUGAAGUAUAAGAAGCCCCGGAUAGAGAUGACACCGGAGAUUUACAUGCAUUCUUUUUCUGUUCCGCAGCUAUCACCUAGUCAAGUCCCUAUGCAGUUUAGAAGUUACGAUCCUGUGACAGGCAGUAGGUUGCAUCAGCAAAAUAUGGUACCAAAACAACAGCAGAAUCAGUCCCCUUUAUCGGUUCUCUCCACACAAAGGCAUCCGAUGCAGAGUCAGCCUCCACAUCAGUUGACCGGAGAUGUCCUGAAACAAUUGACUACUACUGCUGCAGUGAGUGGAAGCAUAUGUUUACGCCAGCUGGUGUUUUUCAUUCAUCAUCGACAGAAUAGGCCACCUGAAAAUAACAUUGGCUUUUGGAGGGAAUUUGUGAAGCAGUAUUACUCUCCUAUGGCUAAGAAAAGACUCUGCGUGUCCAUGACCUCCAUGUUUAAUAGAGACCGUCAUCAGAAAUUGUGGAUGUGUGAUUUAUGUGGAUCAAAUGCAGCCAAUGCAGGGAAAGGAUUUGAGACAUCUUAUGAACUUCUUCCAAGAAUGAGCCAGGUUUACUUCAAAAGCUGCGUUGAAGAUGAACUUUUAUACUUGGACUCACCUGUUGAAACAAUACUUCCAUCAGGAUCAAUGAUGUUGACGUUUAAUAAAGCGGUACAACAAAGCAUUUACAAGAAUAUUCAUGUUGCUCACCAAGGACAACUUCGCAUUGUAUUUACUCCAGAGUUGAAGAUAAUAUCUUGGGAGUUCUGUGUACGAUCACAUGAGGAGCUUGUUAAUGAAUUGGUUGAGAUUGCUAAACAAUGCAAAAGUAAUGGAGGGUUUAAUGAAAGGAAUGGAGUUCAAGCACAGGAUCAAGUAACAAGUAGUAAUAGGCUAAUGGCUGCGGGGCAAAACCUAGCAGCAAACUUGGAACUACCUCAUGUUAAUGAAGCAGGCUUUUCCAAAGUAUAUGUUCGAUACAUGCAGAUGUCUGACGUUCUUAAUUCUAUGAAAGAUCUGAUUGGUAUGUGUGCUGAUAGCCAAUCCAACAAUUUCAGUCCGACAGAGGCUCUGAAAAGUCUUCAUCGAGAAUCAGUACUGAAGAAUCAUAUCGAAAGCAUAGCACAGAUGCCGCAGACACCAAGUGCUAACGGUAACAUUCUGGUGUCAAAUAUUACAACUCAAUCACCAAAUACUAGCAAACAGGCCAUGCUGAAUCCCCGAAGCUAUCAAAGCCCCAACAUCAGACCAUUAUCUUACUCUGUGCCAUACAAGCCCUUAUACUCUUUGCCAGGUAGUCCUAACUCUCAUCAGCAAGGCCCAACCGUUAUGCACCAAAUAAACGACCUUCUAGCUCGUACGCAUACUAAUGGAACCCUAGCAAAAGGAGGAUCACAAAGCAGGGCUGUGUAUGCCCCAAAAAUUGGUACUCAGGCUGCAGAAUCUGCUGAGCUAACAAAGGCUGAUGCAAUGCUGACAAAGGUGAACACAUCUGUUAUAUUGGGUGGUAUGGCGGACAAGGGUAAAGGGUUCAACUACUCAUCUGGCAGCAACUCAUCUGCUAGGAUCUUCGCUGAUAACUGCCUGGUAAAGAGAGAACCAUUGUCUGACGAUGACACCACCUCGAAUGUUGGUCACCAUCGGGUUGAGAAAAAAUGA